UCUCCUCUCCCUCCGGCCUGGGAAGACCAUGUCUCUCUCCAGGAUCUACCGAGAGUCUCUGCUGGUGAUUUUACUGCAAAUCGUGCUGAUCUGCUCGGCUCAGAGGGGCCCGGUCGGUCCCCGAGGCUCCCUGGGGCCGCCCGGAGUAGCAGGCGUACCCGGAAUGGACGCCAUUGAUGGCGACAGAGGAGAAGACAACACAGUGACCGGCGGACCAGGCCCGGACGGAGAUAACGGAAAAGACGGAGCUGCAGGAGCUGCAGGACUCCCAGGCGCAGACGGACUUGUUGGACCUUCUGGAGAUCUGGGAGCACUCGGGCCAAACGGACAAAAAGGAGAUGCUGGAGCUCAAGGGCCUCCUGGAGAGCUUGGCGUAGGACCUGAUGGGCUGGAUGGUAUUCCAGGUACAGAUGGGCUACCAGGUGAAUUGGGCAAAGUUGGACCAGGUGGAGCGAGAGGCAAGAGAGGUCAAGUUGGUCUUUCUGGUGCUGCUGGGCCGCGGGGUCUUCCAGGCGUGUAUAAUGGAGAGGACCUGUGUCCCAACGCCUGCCCUUCUGGACUCCACGGACACUCCGGACUACCCGGCAUGAAAGGCCACAAAGGAAUUAAAGGUGAAUCUGGAGAGCCCGGGAGACAAGGCCACAAGGGAGAGGAGGGCGAACAAGGAACGUUGGGAGAAGUCGGAUCUCAAGGACUACCAGGUCCCGGUGGAGCAAGAGGCCUCCAAGGAAUAUUUGGCUCCAAAGGCGACAGGGGUCUUCGUGGAAAAUCAGGAGAUGGUGGUCCUCAGGGAAUCCAGGGAGCCCCAGGCGAUGUGGGACAAAGAGGAGUCAUCGGUGAGAGCGGGCCAGCAGGAGUUCAGGGUGAACGUGGUCCAUCUGGAAUCAGAGGAGUGCCCGGGCUGAAAGGAGAGGCUGGCCUUGCUGGUCCAGACGGCCGAGAGGGGAUUCCUGGUCUUCCAGCAAUCAAGGGUAUUCCAGGGAAAAAUGGGGGUCCAGGUGAUGCCGGCCUACAAGGACUUCCUGGUUUGCCAGGCACUUAUGGCCAAAAAGGAGUCAGUGGUGCAGUGGGUACCGCAGGUGACCCAGGUGUUUUAGGAAUUAUGGGGUCUCCAGGGAAACAAGGGGAGCGUGGAGACCAGGGAGGAGUUGGACCAGUCGGACCCAGAGGAGGACCAGGUGCACGUGGAGUGAGAGGGAAUGAAGGGCCUCUAGGAGGAGCAGGAGUGAGGGGAGGUAAAGGGGACCCCGGCCUGCCCGGACUUCCUGGUCCUGCUGGGUAUCUUGGGCAGAAGGGCGAGAGGGGUGCAGUUGGUGUUGAUGGUCCAAAGGGAGAUCAGGGAGCUGGAGGUGAUGAAGGAACUCCAGGAACUGUUGGAGAACUGGGAGAACAAGGAGAAGCAGGAGAGAAAGGAUCGACAGGCCCACCAGGAGACACAGGAAACAAAGGACCAGAGGGCGGCCGAGGACAGCAGGGAAAAGAUGGAAAAGAGGGUCAAUCCGGACCACGAGGCAUGCAGGGAGACAUGGGAGUACCGGGACUAACGGGGACUCAGGGACCAGCGGCUGUGGAGGCUUAG